UCACCUUUGUGUGGGAUAGUCAACGCAUUUGCUCUGACAUCCUUUCUAUGAAGCAGUGCAGUGACAGCUGGAAGUUGCUUUCAAGAAGUCAUCUCAAAGGCAGUUUCAAAGGUGGUCUGACAGUAUCCAACAUCUUAACUUUUCUCAGCACAGAAGACAAAUCACCUUGAAUUUCUCAAUUUUCCGAGUUUGUGACAAUGACAACUUAUUUUGGAGUUACCUCAGCAGUGUUUUCAGUCUGGGUUAUGACAUUCAUGACUCAAAAUUACUUUAUAACAGGUUCCACACUUCCACCUUGCAGGAUCACAGGUGUAGGUCUUUAUCUUGAGGAGAAAGUGAAUUUCUCAGAAGCAAGUACUGCAUGCAAUCAAUUGAAUCUACAACUGGCAAGUAAAGACCAGGUUGAAAAGGCUUUGAAACAUGGCUUUGAAACAUGCAGCUACGGAUGGGUGAAAGAUGGAUUGGUUGUAAUUCCUCGGUUAAUAUCCAACAAGAAAUGUGGUAAGGGCAAUGUUGGACUGGUGCCAUGGUAUGCUGAACACUUUAAAACAUUUAUGGUUUACUGCUUCAAUUCUUCAGAUGUUCAAAUUAAUUCAUGUAUACCAGAUCCAACUACAAGUAGACCAUCAUCAAGUGCACCAACGGACUUAACUGCCUCUUCAGGCUCAGGUUUAACUGAAAACAUCACAGUAGUGCCUAACGCAACUGAGACGGAACGAGCCUUGAAAAAUGUGAAAUUUCGGGUGAUAUGUGUAACUGAAACAAUAUUACCAACAGAGGGGACUACUACAAAAAUGCCAGAGGAAUACUCACCAAUUGACUCUCCUAACUACACUUCCCGUGCUGGCUUUAAGAACGAUGGCGUUGCCUUUGGAGGUAUCCCCACAGCACUCCUUGUACUGGCAGUCAUCUUCUUCAUUAUUUCAGUUGUUCUAGCAGUCUGCUAUAUCAAAAAGUACAAGACAACCUUCCCAUUUUCAUACAAGAAUCAGAAAAAAGAAAUGGUUGAAACUACAGCUCUCAAAGAGGCUGAGUCAAAUGACAAGACACCUGAGAAGGAAACAAAGAAUAAUGGAAAAAAGGUAGAAGAGUCCAAAUCCAAGCCUGAGGCCACAGUAAAAUGUUUAGAAGCAGAAGUUUAAGAGGAAGAACGUACACUUCUUUUUAGAAAUACAUAAAGCAAAGCACACAACUUAGCAAUGCUUUUAAACAUUGGUGACUGUAAAUACUCAUGAAUUAAUAUUUUGUCUAUCUUAACAUACGAAAAUGUCUUUUUUAAUAAUUACAACUGUAAAUGCUCUUGCAAAAGAACAUGGUCUCUUAUUUACCUGAAAUAAAUGAAACAUCCAUAUUACAGCUCAUUUUUCUUAAUAAAGAAGUAAACAGGAAUCUGCUGUUAAUGACAUACAGUGUGUAAGUAUUUCCACAGAAUUCAGAUCAAUAUGUAAUGAAAAAUUCCUUUUUAUCUGGCUGGAGGAUGUCUGCUAACUUAAUGUCUAAAAUAAAAUGAUAUUGUAGCUCUUUA